AUGACCUUCAUGGGCAAAGAUGUCUUGGAGGAUAUUCAAGGGGACAUCACUCCCAUACUUGACUAUGAAGUCAGUGACAACAACAAUCCUGAUCUUGGAAAUGUCAACAUUACCCGCGCGGAUCCGGAACAACAGCCGCUUCCGUUUCCCUCCGCCGUCAAACAAGAUUUCUUUGACGGCCUUGACGCGGGAACAAACCUCAUUUUAAAGGGGCUUCACAAACUUGAACUUCAAAUAAGACAUGGCCACGCAGAGGACUGUCUGGAAGCUGUCCGGUCAGCCUUGAUCCAGCUUUCUUGGCAGUAUAAAUAUCAGGUUUGGACCGCCGACUCCAUCUAUAUGGGGACUUGUGCUUGGGAUGGUGUCAAGCUUUUGAAUGCUUCCUGGAAAUUGCACCGGCAACUCUACAACACAAACCGUCAGAAGAUGAUCUAUUUAUCUGCUGGCGUUCUUCAGGCUAAACUGGCUUCGCGCGCAAGCUCAGAGGAAUAG